AUGAGCCACGGCGGCGAAGCCAUCACCGAAUCCUCCAACACGGCCCUCGCCAUGAGCAUCGCCGACCGUUCUGCCCUCGCCCUGGCUACCACCCUCGCUCUACCUGCCCGUGACCCACCACGAUUCUUCCUCCGCUUCGCAGCGUUCUCCGCCACGAGCCAGCCGUACUCUGCGUCUUCGGGACGCAAGCUAAGUAAGGCCUUAUCUCUCAUGUACAGGCGGGAGAUGAAGAGCGGGCCGGUUUUGGAGGCCGGUCUAUUGGAGAAGAAGCGGGCGCAGUGGAUGCAGCGGUUUGUGCAGGAGAUUAGGAAGCGAGUGCCGCAGUGCGUGCGCCAGCGCCAUUUUGAGGAAGGUGAUGAGGGUGAUGAGGGCCAGGAUAAUGUGGAUGACGAUGAUGGAGAUGGAGGCGGAGGCGGUGGUGAGGUGGGUGUAGGAGGCGUUGUGGUGAUUUGCACAACGAUCGCGUCUGGCUCGGGUGGUGAUGGUGAUGGUGGUGGUAGUGGUGAAUCCGGGGGAGUUGUCAAUGAUGGUCCACGAUGGCUGGCUUCAUCCUCUUGGAGAUGGUCGGCCAUUCUACGCCCCUUCCUCCUUCGCUUCCGCCUUCGACUCCCCCCCGGAACGUCUGGCGAUGGUGGUGUCGGCUGA